AUGGACGCCACAGCGGUUGUUGGGUGCUUCCGGGACAGGACCAUACUCGUCACUGGCUCAACUGGUUUCCUCGGGAAAUUGUUGGUGGAGAAGAUAUUGAGGGUUCAGCCGAACGUGAAGAAGCUCUACCUGGUGGUGCGCGCGUCGGAUGCCGCCUCUGCGGAGCAGCGUAUCCUGUCCCAGGUUCUGGGGAAGGAUCUGUUCAACACCAUGCGAGAAAAGCAUGGGCUAGCUGGCUUCGAGGAGCUCAUCCAAGAGAAGAUAGUUCCUCUCGCAGGAGACAUUGGGAUUCAAAACUUUGGGCUCGAUAGGUCGACAGUUGACGACCUUUGUGAGGAGAUCGAUGUUAUCAUCCAUGGGGCAGCAACAACGAGCUUCUAUGAACGGUACGAUGUGGCAUUAGCAUCAAAUGCAUUAGGAGCCAAAUAUAUAUGCGAAUUUGCAAAGAAGUGCAGCAAUAUGAAAUUGUUGCUUCAUCUUUCCACUGCUUUUGUAGCGGGUACCCGAGAAGGACUUUUACUAGAGGAAGCACUGCAGAUGGGUGAAACACUAAGGCCCGGUUACUGUUUAGACAUUAAAGCUGAGUUGCGGUUAGUUGAGAAGAUCAAGACUGAACUCAGAGUAGCCAAUAGUGGUGGGCCAGACCAGUCAUUGGAGAAAACAGCCAUGAAAGAACUUGGCUUAAAGAGGGCCUGCCAUUUUGGAUGGCCAAACGUAUAUACAUUUACCAAAGCUAUGGGCGAGAUGCUACUUGCGCAGGAGAGGGGAGACCUUCCUCUCAUCAUUAUGCGACCCGCCAUGGUAACCAGCACUUUUCAAGAUCCAUUUCCUGGCUGGAUAGAAGGGGCGAGGACAAUUGAUGCUUUGAUUGUCGCCUACACUGAGCAAGCAUUCCCAUGUUUCGUAGGUGAUCGAAAAAACAUAAUGGAUGCUGUUCCUGCGGACAUGGUGGUAAAUGCAACCCUUGUAGCCAUGGCUGUUCACUGGAAUGAAAAAGGAUAUGUCAUUUACCACGUGUGCUCGGCACUCCAAAAUCCAUUGUCUGGUUAUGUCUUAGAGGACGCAUGCUGGGAUUACUUCUCCAAGCAUCCUCGUAUACGAGAAGAUGGGAAACCGCUGAAAAACAAAAGGCCAUACGUGUUUAAGAGGUUCACUCUCUUCCGUGCAUAUCUGAUAAUGGUUUAUAAGCUACCACUUGAGAUCUUGCAUGCGGUGAGCCUUUUAUUCUGUGGGUUGUUUUCGCAAUCUUACAAUAAGUACAACCGAAGAUACAAUUUCUUAAUCCUCUUGGUGAAGCUCUAUGCACCAUAUGCCUUCUUCAAAGGAUGCUUUGAUGACACGAACAUUACAAGGUUGCUUACGGAAGUAAAGAUGGAUUGCAAUGGUGGUAGCAUAUUUAAUUUUGAUCCCAGAUCUAUGGACUGGCACUCAUAUCUCUUGAAUGUACACGUCCCAGCUGUGAUAAAGUAUGGCCGCAAAAAUUAG